CGGUAGGGCGGUCCCUCUAGGCGUUUCCAUCAGGAGAAGAAUAUUCACGCAGCGACCUUCGGAAGGCGGAACGUAGCGGAGCUCGCCGAGAUGGCUCUGGCCGACGGCGGCAGGGAGGUUCAUGUGGUGGAAGUGAACGACGACGAGGAGGCGGCCGACGAGAUCUCCCCCCUUCUCGUGGUGGAGGCCGCGGACAAGCCCACCAAGAUGACCAUCUUCUCCGUCUCCUAUCCCAAGAAGCGCCCCCUGCAGGAACCAACAUUAAGAGCAGCCGAUACAGACUUUGCUUUUCUUAGUCAGAUUAUUUUGUGGGUGUGGAAUGGGUCUAGAUACUCUGGUUUGUUAUGCAUGGCUUGUUCUUCAACCAUCUAUUACUUUAUGGAUGCUUUAAUGGACAUUUUCCCAGUCCGAUCAGUUCCAUUAUUUGAAACUGUAUUUACAAGAUGUAUCGUUCUCUUAAUCUUGUCGCUUAUCUGGUUGAGAAGGACCGGGCAUCCACUCUCUGUACCAACAAAUUUAAGGAAUAUACUAGCAUUGAGAUCGCUAACUGGGUUUACCUCAUUGCUGAGCUUCAUCUAUAGUGUCCAAAAUCUACCUCUGUCGUACGCAGUUUUGUUAAACUUUGCAACCCCGAUUAUAGCCUUAAUUGGAGCAAAGAUUGUGUUGCAUGAGAAACUGGCUCUUUCAGAUUUUGGAGGUAUAGGGUGCAGUUUCAUGGGUCUACUGUUCAUUUUCCAGCCUUUGCUUACCAAAGGAGGAGGUUCGACUGAAAUUGGUCAGAUAAGUGCUAUCUUUGCUGGACGAACUCAUAUUUAUCCAAUACUAGUUGGUGUCCUAUCAACAGUGUUGGGUGGAGUUAGCUACUGCCUCAUACGAGCUGGUGCCAAGGCAUCUGAUCAACCUGUGUAUACAGUUUUUUCAUUCGGGGUACUUGCUUGUCCUCUCUCAGCAGCAUGUACUUUUGCAUUUCAGGGAUUUGUACUACCUAAUCCAUUCACUUUUCUUCUAAUGAUCGUGCUAGGUGUCCUGGCAUUCUUUGCAGAGAUGUUUAUGGCACGUGGACUUCAGCUCGAAAAAAUUGGCAAAGUCACAAAUGUUCUAUACAUAAAGGUAUUUCUGUCACAAGUGUGGAGCAUGACAUUCUUGGGUACAACUCUGUCAGCUAAUAUACUUAUAGGAUGUUUUCUUAUUUUAGUAUCAGUUUGUAGCACCAUAUAUCUUGGACCUGAGAGAGAAAAUGAAUGAUGCUUGUUUUGGUAAUCUAGGAAUCCAGUUAUUCUUUUUGUACCUCACUGUUCUUUUCCAUGGAAAACUUCAGCUGCUUUUUAACUAAUCAAAAUCUUCAUGGCAUCUCAAACUGUAAGCUCAAUGAUGUUUGUUUUAUCUGAAUAUAUCCACCGUUUUUAAGCAUGUA